AUGCUACGUGCUGAGAUUACUGAAGAUAGUGAAGCUACAAUGUCUAGAUUCUUGGGAGGACUGAACCGAGAGAUCGAAGAUCGGCUAGAGAUGCAACAAUAUGAAGAAAUAGAGGAGAUGCUGCACAAAGCAAUCUUGAUCGAGCAACAGCUGAAGAGAAGGCAUCUGGCUAAAACUAAUUAUGAAAUUAGUAUCCCUACUAAGGCCAACUAUUCAAAGGAAGAAAAGCCGAGCUACCAAAGAGAUAACAAGACAGUACUGAAUCCAAAAUCAGAUGUCAAGCCACCAGUAGUCAUUCAAGACAUCAGAAGCAAUACAAAAGCUACAACAACUCGUUCUAGAGACGUCCGAUGUUUCAAGUGUCACGGUCGAGGUCAUUACGCGAAUGAGUGCUCCAACAAGAGGCUAAUAGUCCUCUUAGACAGCGGAGAAAUUGAGUCAGAGGAAGAAAAGCUAGACGAUUCUGAAUCUACUGAGGAAUAUGAGGCAAUACCGGCUAGUGGAGAGUUACUUUUAGCUCGGAGGACAUUAAACAUUCAAAGCAAAGAAGAAGAGCAAGAACAAAGAGAAAACUUGUUCCAUACCCGUUGUCUGGUCCAAGGCAAAGUAUGUAGUCUCAUUAUUGAUGGAGGAAGCUGCACAAACGUAGCUAGUGAGGAAAUGGUCAAGAAACUUGGACUAAAGAUGACCAAGCACCCGAGACCCUACAAGUUGUUAUGGCUUAAUGAAACCGGGGAAAUGAAGGUUCAGAAUCAAGUCUUGGUGCCUAUUUCUAUUGGGAAAUAUGAAGAUGAGGUUCUGGGCGACGUGCUAGCAAUGGAGGCUGGACAUAUUCUUCUCGGAAGACCUUGGCAAUCAGAUAGAACAGUUUUACAUGAUGGCUUUACUAAUAAGCAUUCUUUUGUUUUCCAUGGCAGGAAAAUUACAUUGAUUCCUUUAACACCGCAAGAGGUAUAUCAGGAUCAGGUCCAAAUGAAGCAAAAAGAGAAGCAGUAUAAGAAAUCCUCUAACUUCUUUCUACGGGCUGGUGAUGUUAAGAAAGCUCUCAUUUCCAAGCAACCUAUCCUUUUAUUUGUGUUUAAAGAAGCACUUGCAAAUAUUGCUAACCUGGCACCGGCUCUGCCAAGUAAAAUGAAUGAUCUUUUGCAGAUAUAUCAAGAUGUGUUUCAUGAGGAUAAUCCGAAAGAGUUACCACCCAUAAGAGGCAUAGAACACCAAAUUGACUUUGUGCCUGGUGCAUCAUUGCCUAGUAGGCCUGCGUAUAGGACCAAUUCGGUGGAGACUAAGGAAUUACAAAGGCAGGUGAAUGAGCUAAUGGAGAAGGGACAUAUCCGAGAGAGUAUGAGCCCUUGUGCCGUGCCUGUGCUACUUGUACCCAAAAUGGAUGGAAGCUGGUGCGUGUGUGUCGAUUGUAAGGCAAUCAACAAUAUAACGGUGAAGUAUCGACACUCCAUUCCUAGGCUUGAUGAUAUGCUAGAUGAAUUACAUGGUUCUAGUAUCUUUUCUAAGAUAGACUUAAAAAGUGGCUAUCAUCAAAUUAGGAUGAAAGAAGGGGAUGAAUGGAAAACUGCAUUUAAAACUAAGCAUGGACUAUAUGAGUGGCCUGUUAUGCCAUUUGGGUUAACAAAUGCACCUAGUACAUUCAUGAGAUUAAUGAACCAUGUGCUUAGAGCGUUCAUAGGAGUUUUUGUGGUCGUAUAUUUUGAUGAUAUCCUAGUUUAUAGCAAAAACUUGGAAGAGCAUAUUGAUCAUUUGAAAUCUGUGCUAGAUGUGCUUAGGAAAGAAAAGCUUUACACAAAUUUGAAGAAGUGCACGUUUUGUACAGAUAACCUUGUGUUUUUAGGAUUUGUGGUGAGUGCAGAUGGCAUCAAAGUAGAUUAG